UUCUUUUUUCUUUUUUUUUUUUUUUUGGAAACGGAGUCUUGCUCUGUUGCCCAAGCUGUAGUGCAGUGGUGCGAUCUCGGCUCACUGCAACCUGUGUCUCCCGGGUUCAAGCGAUUCUCUUGCCUCAGGUUGCUGAGUAGGUUGGAUUACAGGCAUGUGCCACCAUACCUGUCUAAUUCUUGUAUUUUUAGUGGAGACGAGGUUUCACCAUGUUGGUCAGGCUGGUCUGGAACUCCUGACCUCGUGAUCCGCCCUCCUCAGCUUCCCAAAGUGCUGGGAUUACAGCGUGAACCACUGAUCCAGCCCCUUCUUUUCUUUUAACCCAUUCAUAGCCAAGUCCUGCUCUGUAGAACUAUGGUCAUUUGCUUAUAUCUUUACACUAAAGUCAGACUCAUGAUGAAUUGUUCAUUAGUGAGGUCCAACAUUGCAACUAAUACAAUGCCCUGUACGUAAUAUUUAUUAAAUAAGUGAUUUUUUUAAUAAGUAGGGAUUUAGCAACCAUUGUUAGCCCAGUGUAUCUCAAUAUUCUGCACCUGGAAACCAAAACUAGGGCACAAAGCCAUACCCCAGACCAAAUAGAUCAGAUCCUCUGGGAAUGGGGCCUGGACAUUUUUUAAAGCAUAUAUAUGAUUCCGUGUGCCACAGGGUAUAGUUGAGAAUCACUGAUGAAUUAAAUUUGCUCCUUUUUUUUUUUUUUCCAGGGAGAGAGUGGAGGCUCAAAAUCAUGAUUUCAUACUUGAGAAAUAGAUUUGUGUUACACAUUUUCUGUAGUCGCUAGUUCAGUGGGGGAAAUUGUUAUAUCCCAGCAUAUUUGCAGUAACUAUAUGCUAAGACUGAUUGUGAUCAGUACAUUGUACUAAACUGGAGAAAUGUUAAUUUCUUCCAAAUUUCAUCUUUUAGGGGCCUAAAGUAAUGGCAUGAUACAUGAUUUUUAUGGAGAUGUGCUGGAUGACUUGUCAUAAUAUCUCCUAGGGAGGAGACUGUUGAAACUGAAUAGCUAUCUGGUUUCCACCUGUUAACCGUGUAUUUUCAGUAACUGUUCUAUUUAGGACAUUACAAACCCAAAGUAUGUUUAAUAUUGCCCUAUGUCUGGGGAUAAAAAAAUUUCAAAAGACGUCAUUUUACACUUUUUCCACUGUUUCAUCCUCACAACUACUCUCAGAGGAGAGUAGGGCAGGUAUCAUUAGCUCUAUUUUACAGAUGAAGAGAAACUCAGUCACUAAGGUCAUGUAUUUGUCAGAGCACCAUAACAUGGUGUGGGAAGUGAAGACAAAUCAGAUGCCUAAUGCAGUACAGAAACUCCUGUUGGUGAUGGACAAGAGAGCCUCAGGAAUGAAUGACUCAUUGGAGUUGCUGCAGUGUAAUGAGAAUUUGCCAUCUUCACCUGGAUAUAACUCCUGUGAUGAACACAUGGAGCUUGAUGACCUUCCUGAACUUCAGGCAGUUCAAAGUGAUCCUACCCAAUCUGGCAUGUACCAGCUGAGUUCAGAUGUUUCACAUCAAGAAUACCCAAGAUCAUCUUGGAACCAAAAUACCUCAGACAUACCAGAAACUACUUACCGUGAAAAUGAGGUGGACUGGCUAACAGAAUUGGCAAAUAUUGCGACCAGUCCACAAAGUCCACUGAUGCAGUGCUCAUUUUACAAUAGAUCAUCUCCUGUACACAUCAUAGCCACUAGCAAAAGUUUACAUUCCUAUGCACGCCCUCCACCAGUGUCCUCUUCUUCGAAGAGUGAACCAGCCUUCCCUCAUCACCAUUGGAAGGAGGAAACACCAGUAAGACAUGAAAGGGCAAAUAGUGAGUCAGAAUCUGGCAUUUUCUGCAUGUCCUCCCUGUCAGAUGAUGAUGAUUUGGGAUGGUGCAAUUCCUGGCCUUCAACUGUCUGGCACUGUUUUUUGAAAGGCACACGACUGUGCUUUCAUAAGGGAAGCAAUAAGGAAUGGCAAGAUGUUGAAGAUUUUGCUAGAGCUGAAGGCUGUGAUAAUGAGGAAGAUCUUCAAAUGGGCAUUCAAAAGGGCUAUGGUUCUGAUGGUCUAAAGUUGUUAUCACACGAAGAAAGUGUAUCAUUUGGCGAGUCUGUACUGAAGUUGACUUUUGAUCCUGGUACAGUAGAAGAUGGUUUACUUACCGUAGAGUGUAAGCUGGACCACCCUUUCUAUGUUAAAAAUAAAGGUUGGUCAUCAUUUUAUCCAAGCUUGACUGUGGUACAGCAUGGCAUUCCAUGUUGUGAAGUUCAUAUUGGCGAUGUAUGUCUACCUCCUGGACACCCCGAUGCCAUUAAUUUUGAUGAUUCAGGUGUUUUUGAUACAUUUAAAAGCUAUGACUUCACACCUAUGGAUUCUUCCGCAGUUUAUGUGUUAAGUAGUAUGGCUCGCCAGCGUCGUGCAUCUUUGUCUUGUGGAGGACCUGGUGGUCAAGACUUUGCAAGAUCUGGAUUCAGUAAAAACUGUGGCUCACCUGGAUCAUCACAGCUCUCUUCCAAUUCUUUGUAUGCUAAAGGUGUCAAAAGCCACAGCUCAGGGACUGUGAGUGCCACUUCUCCUAAUAAGUGCAAAAGACCAAUGAAUGCCUUCAUGCUUUUUGCCAAAAAAUACAGAGUUGAAUAUACUCAGAUGUAUCCAGGGAAAGAUAACAGAGCCAUAAGUGUGAUCCUUGGUGACAGGUGGAAGAAAAUGAAGAAUGAAGAGAGAAGAAUGUACACAUUAGAAGCAAAGGCUUUGGCUGAAGAACAGAAACGUUUAAAUCCUGACUGUUGGAAGAGGAAAAGAACCAAUUCAGGCUCACAACAACAUUAAACCAGGAUGCUUAUGUUCUUAAGUCUAUUUGCAUAUACAUUGACUCUUGAUGGAAAGACUUAAGUAAGAAGAUCAAGGUCUCACCAUUUGUCCUCAAUUCGUGUGACCAUAAGAUACUGAUAGCAUUGAGUCUUGAAAUGAUUUAAUAAUAUGAGUGAGGAUUUGCUUUCUCCAUUAGAGCAUUAAGCUAAAACUAUCAACAUUUUAAACCAAAUUGCCUUAUUUUUCUUCCGAACUUCAUAUAUGUCUAUCAGGUAAUAUAGGCUUGAAAAUUGA